CCUAUCCCCCUCCCUCUCUUCCUUCCGCAGCAGUCUCACCCUCUCCUCCCUCCCCCAGGGCGUCGCAAGUGGCCGGCGCAGGAUCGGCGGCGUGCACGUGUCUCCUCGGGUUAGCGCUGUUCAUGUGUCCGCUGCUCGUCGCCAUGCACGUGACGGCCACCAAGACGCUGGUCAAGUUCAGGCACGCGACGCUGGUCAAGAUGGUCUGCACGCGACGUCAGCGCUGUGUGCCCUGAUGAGUGUCCUCUUCUUCCUGCUGGAGGUGUUCGUGUUCCGGGUGGGCGACCAGUCCGGCCUCAUCGUCUCCCUCAGCUGGGCCUUCUAUCUCCAGUUGCUGGCGCUGCUGGUCGGGAUGAUCGCCGGCGCCGGGGCGGGCGUCGAGUUCGGGUGGGCGCGGAAGCUGGGCGGCGACCCCACGGUGUACAGACGCGACCCCGAGGGCAUCGCCGCCACCACCAUCUCCAACCCGUACGUCGUGGAGCCCCGCAACGGCCACGCUCAGGGCAACAGCCACGGCCGCCAGGGAAGAACCAGGAGUUCCGGCAGAGGCGGCGGCGGCCUCCACCAGAACUCGAACGGGGUCAAGAUGACGGGGCUCAGCGGCCAGCCCUACAUGGUGACCGGAAACGGGACCAACGGCCACAUCAGCCACAGGAACGGCGUGGUGGCCUUCGACCCGAACAGGGCGCCCGGGAGGUCUUCGCUCAGAAGACCGAAGCCCCAGCCCUCCGAGGACACCACGGACUCGUCCAUGGGCAUCGAGAACCUGGCCUUCAAGCAGUCGAGUCCCACGCCCAAGAAGAAGGUCCGGAUCCACACCCAGUCCACGCCCGUGUGAAGCGCCGUCGCCAGCUACCACUGCCAUUCCCCGCGAUGAACUGCCGGGCCGACGAGUGCUGCGAGUUGCACAGUGUAUGUGUAUAAAAGUGAUGUUGUCUGACCGAGAACAAGAAACACCUGGAAAACAAUGUGAAGACCUCAGGUGGGUUGUACUUUCUCGAUGUGAAAUUACCUAAACUUUAGGUUGUAAACACCUACACAAGUUCUCGUAGACCCAGCGUAUUGGAAAAUAGGAUAAACAAAGAAAAUUAUUUUUAUAAUGUUAGCGUACGGAUGUGCAGCGCCAUCAUAUUACAUGGUGUGAUAUCCGAAAGCUUCGCGUACGCCUGUCGCUCAAUUUCAAAGGAGAAAGAGAAACUGAAAUUCGAGAUGCCAGAAGCAUGUCCUCCUUUGUCAUGUAUAGUUGUCAGCUCGUGAUGGCAACAACGGUAACGGAAAUGCAGAUUCCCCCAGUGCUAAUUGUCCGUCCGAGUGAUGUGAUCUGAAAGAGAUCCUCUUGCGUAGUGCUAAUUUCGAAACACAAUGCCCAGUGCGGUCGUUAAGGUGAUAACCUCUCCCAGUGCAGGUUAGAGCGAAGGGGCGGAAGUGAGAUGAGUCUUCGUUGGAUGAUUAGGUAGAUUUAUGAUUGAUGACGAACACUAGUUCUGAAAAGGGAAUUCCAUCUUUUCGGUUCUGUCCAAUCAAAAAGACCGUAAAGAAUUGAACGUGUCUGCACGUUUGAUAGUUAUAUACGGGCUAAUUCAUUCGCGCGCGCGCGCACACACACACACACACACACACACACACACACACACACACACACACACACACACACACACACACACACACACACACACACACACACACACACACACACACACACACACACACACACACACACACACACACGUGCAUACAACCAAACAAAGAAAAGUACACAAGGUGAAACAGACGAGCGAGGUGAACCGCCCAUGAACCAGUCGUGCCAAGCUAUUUUAGGUAAAUCAGUUUGUGAUGCUGACUUUCCCGCUCUUUCUCUCCCUCUCCGUUACCAAGGGUCAACGACGUGGCUACUACUUACCAUAGACUUGUGUAUAUUUAUGACAGAUCCCAAGUGAAUAUUUCUUGUAUAAGCAUUUCUCUGACUGAUCUUUAUAGGACUAUAGAAGAAAAAUCAAAUUUUAUUUUGUAUUUAAUUGUAUGAAUAGUUUAUGUGAAUCUUGUUAGGUUUAUUGCCAAACUGUAAUCGUAUAGGAAAUACUUUAUUUUAUUCAGGAUUUCUCUGUGAGAGUAAAAUGUCGGCAGCACCAGAUGUCUCUACUUGCUGUGUGUAAAUAAGCUUAAGUGCGGAGUGAAGUGUGACGAAAGAAAGAAAUGCUUGAA